CUCUUUCUUCUCUCCACCCCUCAGCACCACAGAGGCAAGCUUUGGAUCAGCUCACGCGGCUAAUCUAAAUACUGUGAGAGCCCAAAGCAUGCAGCUCUGAUUUCAGGUCAGCUUAGGAACCUGAAGAAAGUGGUGUUUUUAGUGCAGUGAAGUUUGGAAGUCACCAUGGUCGACAGCCUGGACAUGGAGAAUCAACAGAAGCGUUACUGCAUCCGCAGUAAGCAUGUGGUCAUCAUCUGCGUGACAGUGGUGGUGUGCUCUUUGGCGGUGGGCCUCGGGGUGGGCCUCUCUGGGUCAGGCUCCACCACCUCCAGUCCCUCAACACCAGCCCCCACAGCAGUGCCUACCCAGCCCCCCCUGCCUUCCAGAGGGCCCUGUGCGCCUUCCGAUGACUCCAGCGGCGACUGGAAGAAUUUCCGUCUGCCCACCUACGUGAACCCGGUCCACUACGACCUGCACCUGGAGCCGGACCUGGUGGAUGACACCUACUCGGGCACCGUGGACAUCCACGUGGAGGUCAGCAAGCCGACGCGCCAUCUGUGGCUCCACAUCAGGGAGACGUAUGUCAGCACCCAGCCCAGGCUGAGAAUGCUGAGCAGCCGGGCGGGACAAAGGGAGGUGGCAGUGAGGGGCUGCUUUGAAUAUGUUCCCCAGCAGUACGUGGUGGUGGAGGCCACAGAGGAGCUGCCUGUCACCGGCCCGGGAGAGGUGUAUGUUCUGAGCCUGGACUUCCAGGGCUGGCUCAAUGGCUCCGUGGUGGGGUUCUACAGGGUCAUCUACACCGAGGGCGGGGUCACUAAGAAGAUUGCUGCAACUGAUCACGAGCCAACGGAUGCUCGCAAGUCGUUUCCCUGCUUCGAUGAACCCAACAAGAAGGCCACCUACAAAAUCUCCAUCACUCAUGACGCCACCCAUGGAGCUCUGUCUAACAUGCCGCUUGAGGGCAGCCCUCAGAAACUGCCUGGUGAUAAACUGAAGACCUCCUUCCAGAAAUCCAUUCCAAUGAGUACCUAUUUGGUAUGUUUUGCUGUGCACCAGUUCAGCCAUCUGGAAAGAAAAUCAGCCAGAGGAAUUCCUUUGAGAAUCUACGCCCAGCCAAGUCAGUUAGGAACUGCAACGUAUGCAGCCGACACAACCAAAGUCAUCUUUGACUACUUUGAGGAAUAUUUCAACAUGACAUACUCCAUCGAAAAACUGGAUAAGAUAGCCAUCCCUGACUUUGGUACUGGUGCCAUGGAAAACUGGGGCCUCAUCACCUACCGGGAAACCAACCUGCUCUACGAUACCAACCAGUCAUCGUCCUUCAACAAGCAGCGAGUGGCCAGUGUCAUCGCCCACGAGCUGGUUCACCAGUGGUUUGGGAACAUCGUGACCAUGGAUUGGUGGGAUGACCUCUGGCUUAAUGAGGGCUUUGCCAGUUUCUUUGAGUACAUCGGUGUGGAGAAAGCUGAGCCCAGCUGGGGCAUGCGAGACAUCAUGAUCAUCAGCGACGUGCUUCCCGUCAUGCUGGACGACGCCCUCCUUUCCUCUCACCCGAUCAUCGUGGACGUGUCCACCCCAGCAGAGAUCACCUCGGUGUUUGAUGGAAUCUCGUACAGCAAGGGAGCGUCUAUUCUCAGGAUGCUGGAGGACUGGAUGGGCAGAGACUUGUUCAGAGAGGGCUGUCGAAAAUAUUUGAAAGACUACCACUUCAAGAACGCCAAAACGGCCAACUUCUGGGCGUCUCUCGCCAGCGUGAGUGGGUUGCCGGUUGCAGACGUCAUGGAUACAUGGACCAAACAGAUGGGUUUUCCUGUGUUGCACCUGUCUGUCUCAGAGACGGUUGCCAAUCUGAGGCAAAGGCGAUUCCUCCUGGAUCCUAAAGCUGAUCCCAGCCAGCCUCCUUCGCCUCUUGGGUACAAGUGGACAAUUCCAGUCAAAUGGCACUCUGUGACAAGCAACAAAAACAUGUCGACGAUGUUUGACAAGAGCAGCACAGAGCAUGUCAUCACUAACUACUCGGCCCCAGUGGACGGGCUGCUGAAGGUCAACAACGAUCACAUUGGAUUCUACAGAGUCAACCAUGACAACCAGAUGUGGAACAUUAUCAGUCAACAGCUUCAGAUAAACCAUUUGGAGUUGGAUGCAGCUGAUCGCACAAGCUACAUUGAUGAUGUUUUUGCACUUGCAAGGGCAGAUGUUAUAGAUUACGGUAAUGCCUUCAAUCUUACCAUGUACCUGACUAAGGAGGCCGACUACAUAGUCUGGAGCCGUGUGUCCUCCUCCAUUGCAUAUGUCCGGGACAUGCUGGCAGGCAAUGCUGAACUCUACCCAUUGUUUCAGAAACUAUUUCGUAACUACGUUAAACCAAUCACAACACAACUUGGAUGGACUGAUAGCGGAACACAGACGCAGAGGUUACUGAGGGAGACGGUGCUCAGCAUGGCCUGUCAGAUGGGAGAUCAGGAAGCUCUGGAUGAAGCCUCUCGCAUUUUCAACCAGUGGAUCAAUGGAAGUAUCAGCGACGUGGCAGUGAACCUGAGGCUGCUGGUCUAUCGAUAUGGCAUGAAGAACUCGGGCACCGAAGAAAAGUGGAACACAAUGUUUCAGAGGUACAAAGACUCUUCUUUGGCUCAAGAGAAGGACAAGCUGCUGUCUGGAUUGGCUUCCGUGGAGAACGUGGUCCUCCUCUACAGGCUCCUGGAGGCUUCCAAAGAUGAGAGUGUAGUGAGGAGUCAGGAUCUGUUCACUCUGGUGCGAUACGUUUCCUACAACCCACUGGGGCAGAACAUGGCCUGGGAAUGGACCACACUCAACUGGGACUACCUGGUCAACAGGUACACCAUCAAUGACAGGAGCCUUGGUCGCCUGCUGACCCAGAUCAGCACCACCUACAACACAGAGCUCCAGCUCUGGAAGAUGGAGCACUUCUUCAAGCUAACGCCGAACGCUGGUGCCGGGGUGACUUCUCGGAAGCAGGCGCUGGAGACGGUGAGGAACAACAUUGAAUGGAUCCGGAGUAAUGAGAACGAGAUCAAAGGCUGGCUGUUGAACAACGUCCCCUGAAACAGCAGCAGCUUGUGAAACACUGCAGGAGUACCAUACCUGUACAAGACCAGAGCCUCCACAGUCCUCUGUACAUACGUAAGGCCUUUUCCCAGUCAGCUCAUACGGGAUGAGGCUCGGUUGAGUUGCAACAUUGCAAUUAAUCAAAUAAUCGAAUCCUUUCUUGUAAUCAAAUUCACACGUCACACUGAUCUCCUUAGUAUAAGUCCAAUUUUGCAGAUUGCUGUAGUCCUCAAAAGUCUGUAUUUCAGUUUUGGCCCAUUGAGCAGAGUGUGGUCCUGGGCUUUAAAGGGACUUUUCUUAAGUAUCCAAAACAUCCACUGCCACGCACACAGUAAGUCAGGAGUUAUCUACAGUAAACUGACUCUGUGUUACAGUUCAACAUCACCACUGUUCUCCCAUCAUGUGGCUAGUUCUACUGACAAUCAUUUUCGCUUCAUUUCUGAUCUUGUGGUCAUCACGUGAAAUAUAUUUAUGCAGCCUCCUUCUUCUCCUUUCUGUUAACAUUUUAAUUAAAAUGUCUUUGAUAUUUCUUUGUACAUUUUUAACUUGGGGCACAGAGAGUUUUCUAUCCUCAGUACAGAGAGUGCAGCCAUGAUCAUCAGACCCUCAUAUGUGAUAUAUUGAUAUAUGCUGCCUCUGUGUGUUCAUUUGUAUUUGUUAGCAAUAAUGGAAUCAAGGAGUGUUAACUACAUGGAGGUGAUGAGUUGAAUGAAAAAAUAGCAGUGUAACAUUUACCUAAGUACUUACUUCACUAAUAUACUCGAUGAAGAAAAUUCAAAUUUUGCAUUCAAAACAUGACCAAAAAUGAAAUGUAAAUACUUCUUGAUGAUUUAAAACGUUUACUCAGUGGUGGAAAUAAACUAAUUACAUU